AUGAAAGCCAUAACUCUUCUUUCCCGCCAAUUUUCGACAGCCAAACAACUUAAACCUCUGUUUUCAUCAACCCAAAACACAGUGCUCACUGAAGACUUGUGUAGCAAAAUAUUAGACCAAUACCCAGCUAUAAAAACGUUGAAAGAACUCCAUGCCAAGAUAUUGAUUGACCAAAAUUUUCAAUCAAACCCAUCAUUGGGAAUCAAAUUGAUGAGAGUUUAUGCUGCUUGCGGACAAACAAGAGCCACACGCCACAUAUUCGAUGAAAUUACUGACAAGAAUGUUGUUUUCUUCAAUGUCAUGAUCAGAAGCUAUGUGAACAACCAUUUGUAUCAUGAUGCUCUUCUUGUUUAUAAAACCAUGUCUAGACGUGGAUUUGAUCCUGAUCAUUAUACUUACCCUUGUGUCUUAAAAGCAUCUUCUGGGUUGAAUGAUUUGCAGGUUGGUUUGCAAAUUCAUAGUGCUGUUGUAAAAGUUGGGCUUGAUUCUAAUUUAUUUAUUGGAAAUGGGUUGGUUGCCAUGUAUGGAAAAUGUGGUUGUUUGAUAGAGGCUCGACAAGUUCUUGACGAGAUGCCAAGUAGAGAUGUCGUUUCUUGGAAUUCGAUGGUUGCAGGGUAUGCGCAAAAUGGGAGGUUUGAUGAUGCAUUGCAAAUCUGCAGAGAAAUGGAAUCAUUAAGGCUAAAACCUGAUGCCGGUACUAUGGCUAGCCUAUUGCCAGCUGUGACUAACACGUCUUCAGAUAAUGUUUUGUAUGUUAAAGAAAUGUUCAUGAAGUUGGCUAAGAAGAAUUUGGUUCCAUGGAACGUGAUGAUUUCAGUGUAUGUGAAUAAUUCAAUGCCUGCUGAAGCAGUUGAUUUGUAUUUGCAGAUGGAAGAGCAUGAUAUUGAGCCUGAUGCAAUCUCUAUUGCUAGCCUUCUUCCUGCUUGUGGAGAUCUUUCAGCUUUAUUGCUGGGAAGGCAGAUUCAUCAGUAUGUUGAGAGGAAGAAACUUCAGCCAAAUUUGCUUUUGGAGAAUGCAUUGAUUGACAUGUAUGCAAAAUGUGGAAGUUUAACAGAAGCUAGGGCAGUGUUUGAUCAAAUGAAAUUCCGGGAUGUUGUGUCUUGGACUUCUAUGAUCUCUGCUUAUGGAAUGAGUGGGCAAGGUUGUGAUGCUGUUGCACUCUUCUCAAAAAUGCAAAGAUCAGGUCUAUCUCCCGAUUCAAUAGCCUUUGUAUCAGUUCUCUCAGCUUGCAGCCAUGCUGGGUUGUUGGAGGAGGGGCAAUACUACUUUAAUUUAAUGACUGAGCAAUAUAAGAUUAGUCCAAGGAUAGAACACUUCGCUUGCUUGGUGGAUCUUUUAGGACGGGCUGGGAGAGUAGAGAAAGCAUAUAGUUUUAUCAGAAAGAUGCCAAUGGAACCUAAUGAAAGAGUUUGGGGUGCUCUGUUGGGUGCUUGUCGGGUGUACUCAAACAUGCAUAUUGGGCUCCUGGCAGAUGCCUCGUUUUUCAAUUAG